CUCAAGAACUCAUUCAUACAAAGUUUCAGCAAUAUCCCAACUCUUUCAAAUCUGGUGUGGAUUUAGAGAAUCAUCGGCUCUUCGUCACUGAUACUAUCCUUCAGACUAAAUCUGCAGGAGUUUCAAAGAGGGGAUUACACAUGGAACGUUGCUUGAUCAAGAAAGAUGUCUCUGAAUUGAUAGGUAACACACCAAUGGUGUACCUGAACAGAAUUGUUGACGGCUGUGUAGCUCGAAUAGCUGCCAAGCUUGAGAUGAUGCAGCCUUGCUCUAGCGUUAAAGACAGAAUCGCUUAUAGUAUGAUCAAAGAUGCAGAAGACAAAGGAUUGAUUAAGCCUGGAGAGAGUACAUUGAUAGAGCCAACAGCUGGUAACACUGGGAUAGGUUUAGCCUGCAUAGGAGCAGCAAAAGGAUACAAAGUAACCCUUCUGAUGCCUUCAACAAUGAGCUUAGAGAGGAGAAUCAUUCUAAAAGCUUUAGGUGCAGAGCUUCAUCUCACAGAUAUGAGCAUAGGUAUUAAAGGACUGUUGGAGAAAACUGAAGAGAUACUAAACAAAACUCCUGGUGGUUUUGUUCCACAACAGUUUGAAAAUCCUGCAAACCCUGAGAUUCAUUACCAAACCACUGGUCCUGAGAUAUGGAGAGACUCAGCAGGGAAAGUAGAUAUUUUCAUUGCUGGUGUUGGAACUGGUGGAACGGUUACUGGAGUUGGGAAGUUCCUCAAGGAGAUGAAUAAAGACAUUAAGGUUUGUGUAGUGGAACCUACAGAGAGUCCGGUACUCAGUGGAGGAGAGCCAGGUCCACAUUUGAUCCAAGGAAUUGGUGCUGGUAUCAUCCCAGCCAAUUUGGACUUAAGCAUUGUUGAUGAGAUCAUUCAAGUGACUGGUGAGGAAUCUAUAGAAACAGCCAAGCUUCUUGCUCUCAAAGAAGGGUUGCUGGUGGGAAUAUCCUCUGGAGCUGCAGCAGCGGCUGCGUUGAAGGUUGCAAAGCGGCCAGAAAACGCAGGGAAACUCAUUGCGGUGAUUUUUCCAAGUGGAGGAGAACGUUAUUUAUCAACCAAACUGUUUGAUUCUGUUAGACAUGAAGCAGAGAAUUUGCCGGUUGAAUGAGUGGCAAAUGUGUGAUUUGAUUUGGUUUAGUUUGGUAAGCAAUGUUGGUACUAGAUUACUGUUUGAUUGUUACAGGUCAUUGUAAUAUCUGUAAUCUGUAAUAGUUACAUAUUAGAUGAUGAAUCAUUAUCUUGCAUAAAUCUGAUCAAACUAAAAGAAUAUGCCUAUCUUGAGCUAAUAUAUCACUAAUUACAUGAAUUAUAUGGCCAAAAAACAGAACUAUAUUUUCUUUUUGUCAGAAAAUAAAUUGGACAUUCUAAUCCGAU